AUGUCUUCCCCUCCUUGUCCUGCCUCGUCUGCGCCUCCUUCUCUCCAGCAGCCGGUUGAGGGGGUGUGUUCGGGGCUUCUGGACAGCGAGAAGGAAGACUUGCCUGCCGUUCAGAGUGAGGGAUCGUGUUCGGGGUUCUCAUUUCCACCCGUGUCCCCGUUGGGUUUUGAUGAAUCCUUGGCUACCAUUCUUCAGGGUGAGGAAUUGGGCUCGGAGUUCCCAUUUCCGCCCGUGCCCCCGCCCUUUUGGUAUGGUCCAGAUCUAGCAGAGGAGACUGAGCCUUGCUUUGACUCUUGGAGCCUUUUACAACAGGUCAGGGAUGUCGAAUCUGAGGGGAGUCCUUCACGACGUUUUGAGCCACCGUCGCCUUCUUACUUGCCUUCUGAAGAGGAAGAUAACGAACGAGCGGGAAGCGAGAAACGUUGGUACUCUCCUAUUGCUGUGUCGGAGGCUGAUGAGGAGACAGCAGCCGCUGUGCCGUCGCCUCCGAUGAGCACCGACACCCAUCAGUUGAAUCUUGCUUCAAGUGCUUAUGCUGACGUGCAGGCGCGCCAACAGGCCAUGGUUGACUUGAACAAACGCAGGAGAACCUCUCUGGUGAUGCCUUGGGAGCAAAACACCAUUCCCCUGUUCCGUGCCCUGGAGGCUAGGGCGAACUUCGUUCCCUCAGUGGGCCUGCGUGAGUCUGUCUCCUUCACAGAACCAGAACCCAAAGCACCUGAUACUGCAGCAAAUAUACCUUGGACUGUGCAUCAUCGUCUGCGUCGGGUGAGAGUGCAGCUUGGAGAUGAUGAGCUCCGGGCAACAGCCUUGAGGAGGCUUAAGGUAUUGGUGUUGCUGGAUCCCGAAGGCACCCAGCUAGGCUUGAGCCUGCUUCAACAAACGAAGGCCCUCAAGCCAGAUGAGGAGCUGUGCCGAAGCUUGGCUGAUGCCUUUCGAGGAAAGGCCACCACUACUCUCCAAAAGCGAGGACUGUCGCUGCAGGCAUAUGUGGCGCUCUAUUAUGAGGCUUUCUCGAAUUCUCCUUGGCGAGUGACUGAAGAUGAGCUGUACUCAAUCUUGUGCACGUUGAGAGAUGCGAAUGCUAAAGCAACAACUGCCAAUCACAUUCUUGAGGCUUUGCGUUUCCUGGAUGGCAUUUGCAAGUUCUUGUACACAUCGCUUGAUGCAGUAAUCUCGAGCAGAUCGAGAGGGGUAGCCAGAGACCUCUAUGUCAAGAAGAAACCUUUGCAGCAAAGAGACCCGCUGAGUUACUUGCAAGUCAAGCGCUUGGAAGACUUGAUGCUUUCGGACCUGCCAUACUGGUUGAAGGCCGUGGCGGGACAGAUCCUCUUCUGUGUUCAUGCUUGCUGCAGGUGGUCCGACAGUCAGCGUGUCAAAAGCCUGCAGAUUUUGGGGGAAGGCCCGGCUGCCAUCCUCUUUGCACAGGCCUUGGGGUCUAAGACCUCCUUGACUGCCGAAGCUCAGACGAAGUUUCUUCCCUACACUGCCGUAGCCCGCGGUGUCAGUGACAGCCCGUGGGCUGAAGCUUGGUUGGAGGCCCGGACGCAAGAAGGGCUCGACUUCACGGCCGGGUGUCUUCCCAGUUGGCUAGUGAGCAGAUCUUGCUGGGGCAAAGUGCCCAUGUCUACAGACGAAGCUGGGGAUUUUCUGCUUGACCUGUUGUCCAGGGCCCAGGCACCGGCCAAUCCAGCUUUAUCGAUCGGCACGCAUAGCUGCAAAGCUACUCUUCUGACCUGGACCAUGUGGUCCAAUUGCGUGAGCUUCUCCGCUAAGGAACAGAGACACCUGGGACAUCACUUGAAGCGAGGCCAAAGCACCCUCACCUACAGCCGUGAGUAUUUUGUCACUUUGAGCGGGAAAGUUUUGGGGAUGUAUCGUUCCAUUAGGAGCGGACGGUUCAAUCCUGAUGAAUCUCCUUCUCAGAGGGCAGAAGCCAUAGCUGACAGCUAUGACCCUGAUAUGGCAAGGGAUGAGCGGGUAGCCAACAGAGCCGAAUUGGAUGAGCGCUUUGUUGAUUUUGAAGGCCCAGAUGAUGCAUCCGUUUCAGCCGAGUCUUGUGCGGAGGUGCCUGAUGAGAAUCGCCGCCCUGCUGCGAACGUCCGUCUUCCCUUUGACUGCUCUUCAGGUCAUGAGUUGAAGGUGCACAGACUGUCCAGUAUCGUCCACAAGGUAGUGAUCUUCAUCGUUGAGCUUCCCCUUUUUAACACCAUGUCGUCGGCCACCCUUGACUCCGAGGCUGCCUUCAAGGAUCGUUGCACCAAGAUCGGCAUGACCGAGGCUCUUUUGAAAAAGUUGCUCGAGAAGGGCUACAACACUUUUGGGAAGGUUGCCUUUGCUGCGGGAGCCAACCCGAUGUCCUUGACAGAUCAGGCAGUCGAUGAUUGGUUGCGCACGAUCGAGGAUCCUUUGCCAAGCACCUUCCAAGUAGCUGUGGUCCGGCGACUAGUGUAUGAAAGCCAGAACAUCAGUCUGGCCGAUCUAAAGGGGCGGAUUGAGCCUGGGCCUGAGGCUCAAACGCGCAAACUGCCCGUUGCUGAGAGGUUGUCCCGGCAAGAGGAGCAGCAGGGCCGUCUGACUGGCCUGCAGUUUACUCCACACAAUAUCCCAGGGCACGCCUGCGUGGAUGAAGUUGCCGCUAUGCUAGAGCAGAACUCCCUCAAGUAUUGGCCCAUGAACAAGUGGAUCUCCAGAAGCCAAGAGAUGUCCCUCAAAAAGCAUGAUCCGACAGUGCAGGUUGACGGCGAUGGCAGUAUCAAGGUUGGAGGCAAAGCUCCCGAGCUUACAUGUGACACGUCCGGGCUUUAUGCCCUGAGGCAAGCCUUCCACCGAAGGGCGCUUGCGUUUGACCUGGCGCAAGUCGCCACGUUUUCUGCCAUGGAUGCCUGGACGAACGUGUUGUUUGAGCAUACGCAGCGUACCCCCCCGAAAGGGUACUCUCCGGUCAACAUAGGCCAGAUAGUGUCCGCCGAUCGUGAGCUUUUUGUGCAGGCCUCUCACAGGUUGGAAGGGAAGCUUCAGAGCACAGUGGGCCAAGUCCGGCCUUUUGACAAGGCUCUCAAAGACCUCAGCUCUUCACCAGGAAUUUUGCAAUUCCUCAUGCCUUUGCCUGUUGCAGCCGCUGCGCCUCCUCCGCCCAAUCCAGGCAAGCGUCUUCAUGAUGACACUGGGGGGGGAAAAGGGACUGGUAAAAAGGGUGAUAAGAAAGGGAAGCGUGAAAAGCUUCAGGUUACCAUCCCUCCUGGGUGCUCGGCACGUGAUGCCAAAGGUCGUCCCAAUUGCUUUGGGUACAAUGAGGGCAAAUGGGAUCUCAAGGUUUCCAAAGGGAGGGCGCUUAGUUUUGGCAGUGGAGCCUACGCCAAAGGCGGCUUGCAGGGCCUCAGGAAGGAGUGUGGAACCUUUCCUCAGGCAGCACAGCUUGUGAAUCGCUUCAUUGCCCAUGUUUUCCCGAACCAUAAGUUCACUUCACACAUGUUCUUUUGUAACGCUCAGACCGACAUGCACAUCGAUUCCCAUAACUACCACAGUCCAAAUGCUGUCAUCGCCAUCAGUUCCUUCAGCGGAGGCCAUGUCUGGGUCGGCGAUGACAAGGGCUCCGUCUACCGAAAGGUCAAAGAUCAUUGGCUUAAGGGCACUCUGCAUGAUGUUGCCAAAACCCCUCUGCUGUUUGAUGCUUGGCGUUUGCCGCAUUGCACCGAGAACUGGACUGGCCGCCGCCUCGUUCUGGUUGCCUUCAGUGUGGCCGACACGUCCCGCAUGCCCGCCGAUGCCCUUAAGACCCUUCUUGCUUUGGGUUUCAAACUUCCAGAUCCACUCAGGUUCGGGUUACCUUCGAAGCGUACGACCCAGCCUCCUUUGCAAGCCUCAUCUCCACAGCCGUGGGUGUUUGAGCUGUUUUCCGGCAGAGCCUCGCUCUCGCGGGCUUUGUGGCAAGCUGGUUUUCAGGUGCUUUCUUUGGAUUCAGGAAUUAACCAGGCUGCUUCACCCACGGCCAAGCUGGAUCUUGCUUCCGAGGAUGGGCAAAGUUUGCUCUGGGAUCUGCUGAGCAAGUUCGAUCCUUUUGCAUUGCACCUUGGGGUUCCGUGUGGCACGGCUUCUCGCGCCCGCGAGAAGCCUCUCCCUAAGCAUGCUCUGUGCGGUCGCCCAAGUCCCCAGCCUUUGCGGUCCCGUGACCACCCCUUGGGCCUACCGGGCUUGACCGGGCUCGAUGCCCAACGUGUCCGUUCAGCCAAUGCCUUGUACAAGUUUGCUUACAGGUUGAUCUUGCACUGCGUGCGUCGCCAGAUAGUCAUCACGCUUGAAAAUCCCAUCAACUCGUACCUGUGGCAGAUCCUGGAGUUGUUUGCAAGUUUGGAUGGUGUCCCUUGGCCGCCUACGGAGCUGGAAGAGGUCCUCUUCCACGUGUGUUGCCACGGUGGCACGCGACCUAAGCAUACCAAGCUGCUUGCCACCCGCAAUGUGUGUGCAUCACUGCGUGCUGCUUGCGACAACUCCCAUGUGCAUGAGCCCUGGGGCCUGGUCUUCUUGCGCGGUUCAUCCACUUUCAGCACCGCCUCUGAAGCUGCGUACCCAGCGUUGUUGGCCAAGCGCUGGGCUGACUGCUUUGCUCGGGAAGCCACGACCCGUGGCCUUCCGUUGCAAGUGCCUACGUCAUUGCAUGCUGAGUCGCUUGCGUCUGUCGGCCGGCAGACCCGGAAAUUCCUGCCCUUAAUCCCCGAAUUUUCGCGUGUUUCCUACUUGCCCGCUUCUUUUCAGCCUGAUAAAUCCUGCAAGAUCCUUCUCUCCCAUGGACAGGGGGGAGUGAGCGGGGGAGAGAAAACACAAGUCAAUGCCGAGGAUGGGGACAGACGGUCCAGAUCUCCACCAAAACUUAAGUCUUCUGCCUCCACUUUCGGUUACCCUAGUGCCGGGGGUGCACCCGAGACCCUAGGACCCGUGGGGUGUAGUGGGGGGGAUGUUAAGGUUGGAUUUUGGUUGACUCCGGAGGAGCAUGUCUCCAAAGCUUUGAAGCUCCAACACCCUGUGGACACAGCCAAUCCAGUGUCCGAUCACACCAAAGCGGUCCUCGAAGAGUAUAUGUCGGAUGGUGCUCCAGACUUUCAGUCGCACAGAAAGCUUGCACUGUUAAAGGUCAAGCUUCUCGUGAGAACUUUGGAAGGUGAAGAGUCAAAGCUGCAUGACACGUUCCCUGCUUGGUAUCAGAAAGUGGUAGCGCACAAGAAAAUCCUUGCUUGGAAGAAGCUUCUUGAGGAUAACCACUAUGACGAUAUGGCAGUGACGGACUUCAUGCUUAAGGGAUGCCCUUUAGUGGGAACCUCUGACAAGCCCCUCGCCUUUGAUGCCAAAGUUGUGCCUGCCGUGAUGACAGAGUCAGAGCUUCGCGCCACCGCUGAGGCGCGUAGACAGGCUAUGAAGCUGUCUAAGCAGACAAUGGAUCAGGAACAUCUGGAGCAUCUGAAAGCAGCCACCCAAGAAGAAGUGACUAGAGGUUUCCUGGAAGGACCGCUGUCCGAGGAACAAGUGACUCGCGCGGUGGGCCAUUCCAGUUGGUCUGCAGUGAGGCGGUUUGUGCUCGUCCAAGGGGCCGAACUCAAGCUAAGACCGAUAGACGACUGCCACGAGGCCCAGCUGAAUGACGCCUACUCUUCAACCAUAAAGCUUAAGAUGAUGGACAGUGACUACGUAACCGCUCUUGCGCUGAUGAUCUCCCGGAUGGAAGUGGCCAGGGCUAAGAAGCUGGGUGUGCCGGCCCGGCCCUGGGCCGGCAAAACCCUGGACCUCACCAAAGCCUAUAAACAACUUCCGGUGUUGCCAGCUCACAGAGAUUUGUGCGUAAUCUAUGUGAAAGGCGCAGACGGUUCAGACUGCUACUACAUAGCAAACGCCCUAGUUUUCGGGGCGACUUCUGCUGUGUAUUGCUUCAACCGUGUAGCCCGCAGCCUGUGGUUCUUGAUGACAAAAGUCUUGAAAAUUCCGUGUGGGUUUUUCUAUGAUGACUAUCCUCUUUUCUGCCUGGAAGCCGAAGGCUCAAUGCUCGACAGUCAGGUGAGUGAAUUCCUCAGCCUACUGGGGUGGGAUCACGCCACCAGCGGCUCCAAAGGACUUCCCUUUGACAGUGUCUUCACUGUCUUGGGCAUGCAGCUGGACCUUAGCCGAAUCACAGACAGCACGGUGGUGUUGGCUAACAAACCGGGCCGGCUAGAGCGCAUCGUAGACAGGUUCAAGCUUGUGCAGACAAGUGGGGCGAUCUCCAAGCAUGAGGCGCAGGUCCUGAGAGGCUUGCUACAGUUUGCUUCGGGCUUCUUUGCAGGGCGUGGGCUACGUCAAACUUGCUGUUGGCUUGGAUCCGUGAUACAGGGAGUGCGAUUUGGACCUUCGGAGAUCAGCUCCAUGGCGGAACAUGCAAUCAACGUUCUUGCAUCUUCCACACCUCGCUUUCUUAGUGCCGGCCCAGCAGAUCCUGUGCUACACUUGUACACGGACGGCUCCUGGGAGAAAGGGAUUGCAGGAGUGGGAGCGGUGCUGAUCGACGCCGGAACCGGAGUCGGGCGUGUGUUCCAAGGCACCGUCGACCCUUCACUCAUAGGGACUUGGCUUUCUUCUGUCGGCGAGCAGUUGAUUUGCGAAAUCGAGCUCUAUGCCCUGGUGGCAGUAAGGUACCAGCUGGGAUCCUUGUUUGAAGGGAGGCGCUGCAUCUAUUGGAUAGACAACAACGCAGCACGUGGAACCGUGAUAAAGGGAUGGAGUCGCAGCCCUGCUAUGCACGAUCUAGCGCUAAGACUGGCGGAAGCUGAGGGGCUGACCCCAGGCAUGAGCUGGAUUGAACGCGUCCCUUCAUUUUCGAACGUGGCUGACUUCCCCUCCAGGGGGGAAGGUUCGAAGGUGCUGAAGCUGGCUGCUGCAUCUUGCGUGGAGCCCUUCCCGCAGGAUGAUGAGUUCAUUCGGUCUGUGCGUGCCUCCAAGUCGUGA